UCUGUAAAUAGAGUAAAUCAAGGAUCUGUUAAAAAAUAUUCAUUCAAGGUUUAUUCUAUGAAGUUGACGAGACAGCCAUAAACAGUUUGUUCACGUUUGUUGCAAUUUGUGUUUGUGUACAUUACUUUCCGCGAAUUGAGGACGACGGAUUCUAGAAAAAAUGGCUGAAAUUUCUAACCUACCAGUGUCAGAAAAUUUAAAUACAAAAAAUGGAAAUUUUAUCUGUGGCGUUGUAGAAGGUUUUUAUGGAAGACCAUGGACUACAGAACAGAGAAAAGAUUUAUUUCAAAAGAUGAAAAAAUGGGGAAUGGACUCAUAUGUAUAUGCACCGAAAGAUGAUUAUAAACAUAGAGCUUACUGGAGAGAACUUUAUACGGUUGAGGAAGCGGAGCAUCUAACUGGUUUAAUUCAAGCAGCUAAAGAUCAAAAUAUUAUGUUUUACUAUGCUUUGUCUCCCGGUUUAGAUAUAACAUACAGUAGUUCAAAAGAAGUAACUGCCCUAAAACGGAAACUAGAACAAGUGGCCCAAUUUGGUUGUAAUGCUUUUGCUUUGUUGUUCGAUGAUAUAGAACCUGAAAUGUCUGAAGCAGAUAAAGAAAUUUUUCAGUCAUUCGCACAAGCCCAGGUCUCCGUUACAAAUGAAUGUUAUCAGCAUUUAGGCCAACCACGAUUCUUACUGUGUCCAACGCAGUACUGUUCAACUAGGGCUAUACCCAAUGUAACCAACUCCGAGUAUUUAAACACCUUAGGUUCAAAAUUAGCUCAAGAGAUUGAUAUAAUGUGGACUGGGCAAAAAGUAAUUUCUAGGACACUUUCUAAAGAAAACAUUCAGGAAAUCACAGAGGUUCUACGUAGACCUCCGGUUAUAUGGGACAAUUUGCAUGCCAAUGAUUAUGACCAGAAGAGAGUUUUUCUAGGGCCUUAUUCAGGCAGAUCGCCUGAUCUAAUCCCAAAAUUAAGGGGUGUUUUGACAAACCCUAAUUGUGAAUAUGGGGCCAAUUUCGUAGCAAUACACACUUUAGCUCAGUGGUCAAGGUGUAAUGUAGAUGCCCAAAGGGAUCCUUCAAUAAACGACACCGUUUCUGCAGAUAUAAAAUUAGAGACUGAGACUGAAGAUGGUAUGUCAGGAGAAGAUGUACCUGCUACUCUAUCGCCAAAUAUGUACCAUCCACGUCAAGCUUUAAGGAAUGCCAUCAAUGAAUGGCUUCCAGAAUUUGAGAAGCGCAAGUCAGCUUGGGGGCCAAUUGCUAAACCUCAACCUGCAGUUGCUGUUGUGCCAGUGCCAAUAAUACCAUCAAUUAACACAUGUAUGAGUAUUACUUCCACAACUAGCACACCAUCUACAGGAAACACUUCCACUGUGGUGAACUCUAAUCAACUGCAUGCAUUGGCUGAAGUAUGUAGUACUGUUACCUGUACAGAGAGCUUAAUCAACCCAGUACCAGGUCCCGUGAUGAACUCCCUAGUUUCUGACACGAAGGUGAUUUGUAAUGAAUCUAUACCGAAUCCCAUCACACCAGUUCCCAUCCCCGUAGCGAUCGACAGCUCUGACAGCAAGACUGUUACCCUUCUAAAUGGAACUCAUAUCAGACCAGAAAAGACAAAACCAGAGGAAGUGGCCUUGAAUGGCGAUCAACUUCAUAAUAGUACAAAUACAAACCACGUAAAAGAGAAUAAAGACGAGACCAGCAUGAACACCGAUACUAGUUUAAGUAACGAAUCUAGUUUAAGUCCAUCGGAACCGAUGGAUUGUAAUAGUACUCCGAAUAUAUCACCGGCUCACGGGGCGAAGUGUUCAAAUGGGUCGAAUGAAGAUGUGGCCAUGAGUGAGAAUUCGACUUCAAGUGGCAGCAUGCAAGUGGAUGCUAAUCAAAUGGUGACUGAAAUUAGUGUUGAUGGAGACGGCGAUAGAAAGUCAACAGAUCUAACGUACGAAGAUCUAGCCUUACUAUGUGAUUUAUUUUACCUGCCUUUUGAACACGGUGGUCAAGGACUACAGCUGUUACAAGAGUUUAACUGGUUAAAAUCAAAUGCUCAUCUAGUUAUAGCAGCUAAUCAAAAGAAAGACACAUCUAGUCCCGAGGUAUGCGAAGUCCAAGAAUGGUUCGCGAGGGCCGAAAGAAUGAACGAAAUGACACGAUCAGUUAAUAAACUUUUUCAACACAUGUCCACCUGUAAUAAUAGAGAGUUACUGUACGAUUUGUACUCGUAUAUUUGGGAUAUUGGGGGCGUGAUCUCAUUGCUCAAUGCAUAUAUCAAAUGGUUAGCUGGCGGUCAGUUUCCUCCUUCAAUGCCUUCGUACACCCAGGGGACGUAUACAUGGUUCUCUAAAGGUUGGAAAGAAACGUUUAUGAGUGGAGACCAAGAACCUUGGGUGUUCAGAGGGGGUCUAACUGCAGAUUUGCAGAGACUCAUACCUGUGGAUUCGGGCAACGAUCUUUUCGUUUAUAAAGUGCCAGACGUACCUACCAAUCGUGUUUACACCAUUCGACCUUACCUGCCCACAGACGAAGAAAUAGUUUACAGCAUAUGUACUCGAACGUGUAAGGAUGGUCUUGAGGACCCGCUUCCUUACCCUAAGGAACUCAAAAACUUACAUGCUGAAAGGAUGGUAGGGCCUUAUCUAACUCUCCAUCCCGAAUUUUGCUUUGUCGUAGAGGAUGACGCGGGCGUCGUCGGGUAUGCCUGUGCUUCCCCGGACUAUAAGAAAUUUAGAGUGAAACAGGAGAUUGCCUGGAUACCGGAAAUGUGUGAAAAAUAUCAUCCGGAUCUUGGCAAGGACUUACAUAAGUUUGUUCAGGAUGCCAUUUCGUACUUUCACGAUUUUAAGGAUGAAAUUUACGUCAGCAGUCCAACUCAUCCUUCUAGUAUGAUAUGUAGUCUUUUACCGUCAAUUAUGGAUCAGUCAGUUAGUAAAAGACUUGUUACAUGCUUAUUAGCUGCUUUGAGGGCUAACGGCUCGUUUGGCGUACACGUUGUGAUGAAUGUGACGGACAGCUACACUCACGCUUUUUACGGAAAAUUGGGAUUUGUAGAAAAUACACACGAGGCGAUUAAAGGGAAGAUUGUGAUGGGUCGUACAUUUUAAAACACGUCAACACUACGACAAUGACUGAUCUAUAAAGAAAAUGUUCUGUUUAUCAUAUAUUUGUUAUUUUAUUUAUAUAAGAUUUUAUGUAACUGUAAGAAAGGAUAAAAUUGUUUUGUGAUCUUUAGUAUUAUACAUAUUUUGAAAAUUAAUAGUAAUUUGAUAAA